ACGUUCAUUUUACUCUAUCGUGCUCCGCCUGGUCUCGUCGUCUCCCCCUCCCUUUCAGCCGUUCAGUGUCGCCACCGCUUCUGUCCGGUCCUUGUCGCCGCCGCCUGUCUCUGGUCAGUGCUGCCGCCGCAGCCUCCCUCAGGUUCGAAAUGGACAUUAUUUCCCAACUACAGGAACAAGUCAAUACAAUUGCUGCUUUAGCUUUCAAUACUUUUGGGACAUUGCAGAGAGAUGCUCCUCCAGUUCGUUUAUCUCCUAAUUACCCCGAACCUCCGCCUCACGAACCUACAGAUGACAGUGCAAACUUCGUAGAGCAGCCCAAGCUAAUGAGUGCCGCUUUGGUGAAAGCCGCUAAGCAGUUUGAUGUAUUAGUUGCAGCAUUGCCUCUAUCUGAUGGAGGUGAAGAAGAGCAGUUGAAAAGGAUUGCAGAACUACAGGCCGAGAACGAUGCUGUAGGUCAAGAACUUCAAAAGCAGCUAGAAGCAGCAGAGAAGGAAUUAAAACAGGUUCAGGAGCUUUUCAGCCAAGUUGCAGAUAAUUGCUUGAACUUGAAGAAAGCAGACUGAAAGAUCUCAAGGUUAUAGUAGCUCAAUCAAAUGCAUUCAUUCCUUUCUUCCUAAUUUAAUGCAACUUAGAACAGGUGUGUUAAUUUUCUGCGCCACUUUGUCCAUUUUCUCAUCGUUUUUUAAGCUCAACUCGGUAGAAGAUUCAUAAUGCCUAACCCCAAAUUGCCUCUCUCUAGCUUCUAGCGAAUGUUCAAAGCUGUCAUAGUAAUUGCAAGUUAGCAAUAUAUUAUGUAUUUGAAAUUUUCGUAAUUAAUAUAUAUAGCUUUCGUAGCUGAUAAUUUGUACCA